AUGGGCUUCUUUGUCCCCUUGCUUCUGGUUUUGGCCAAUGAGGAGCACUGGAAGGCGAUUGGAGAGAGGGAAGAAAGGUGCAGGGACAACCUCACUAUGAUAGGCAAAAAACUCCGAAACCUUACCCAUGGACCACCAAACACUCAACAUAUAAGUGCUGAAGCCAGGAGCCCUAAGACUGGGAAGGUCAACGAUUUGAAUCAGCAAGUGUGGGCCCUUCAGGGUCAGACCCUUGUGGCAGUUCCGCAGAGAGCCCACGUGGCUCCAGUCACUGUCACUGUUAUCACAUGCAAGUAUCCAGAGGCUCUUGAACAAGGCAAAGGGGAUCCUAUUUAUUUGGGAAUCCAGAAUCCAGAAAUGUGUCUAUUUUGUAAGGAUGUUGGAGGACAACCCACACUGCAGCUGAAGGAGGAGAAUAUCAUGGAACUGUACUACCAAGACAAACCCAUGAAGCCCUUCCUUUUCUACCGUGCCAAGACUGGCAGGACCUCCACCCUCGAGUCCGUGGCAUUCCCUGGCUGGUUCAUCGCCUCCUCCCAGGAAGGCCAGCCCAUCUUCCUCACUUCAGACCUGGGGACACUGUACAACACUGCCUUCAAUUUAAAUAUAAAUGACUGA